AUGAUUGGUUGUUUUCUUCGUCAUCAUCAUGAUGGAUCAUCUCUGCUGGUGAUCCUUUCUGUGAUGAUAAUUUCUUCAUUAUUAAUAAUUAUUAAUUCAUCUGAUGCUGCAAUAAUUUCUCUGAAUAAUAAUCAAACAAUUAAUCAUCAACAUCAUAACCAACAACAAGAAUAUAUUUCACAAUUUUGGAUGAAUAGUAAUGUUAUUCCUUCCUUAUUACCUUCUCAUAAAUCAAGAGCCUCUCGUUUCUAUUAUUCCAAUCAUCAUCAACAACAGCAAGAGAAAAAGGCUAUUAGAAAUAAUCAUCAUCAUGAAAUUGUGAAGGAGUUGCCAAGUGAAAAGAAGAUUUACAAGGGAUUUGCAACAAUCGACUCACAAAUCAGAGAAAAUGUUUAUUCAAAAGGGGCUGCAGCAACUUCACAAGAUUUCCUUCUUCCACGACCAAAGAUGUACUCUGGUAUUCAAACAAAGGAUUCGGAUCCAUUAUACUUUGGUAUUGCUUGGAAUGAAUAUGAUAAUCAACAGUGGAAUAUCAAAGUGAGAGAAAAUGUUUACACUGAAGAUAUUCAAUUUAAUUGUUUGAAAGUGGAACGUGCUGAUCCCUUGACAUUCUCCAAGGUUAUUGUUGUGGAUCAAUAUUUGACCAAUGUUCGUCUGAAUAUCACAACUGUAAAAUAUGGAGGUGUGAAGAAUAAUGCAUUUGCUGUGAAAAUUACAGGUGAAUCAAUGUAUGAUCCAAGAAAGAAGGAGAAGGUUGAUGAUCACAUUGCUGUUUAUUUGUACACUGGUGUAACUAAGGGAGAGGUUUAUGAUAUGAAGACUGAUUCAAAUGGACAAUUGGUAUUACAAGGAGUUGACGACAGUUCUUAUGGUAGUUUUAGAAUGAGAACUAGCUCUGUGAAGGGUGCCAAUACAGAAAAAACCAAGUGGAGAUAUGAUAAUGCGCUUGAAUCAUUCUACUUUGUAAAUGAAACUGACAGACCAUAUUAUGCCAAGCAAAUAAUUACUGACACGAUCAGCUCUGGAGUUGGAAAUGACUAUAACAAUAAUCCAGCCUGUUGUCAAAAUGGUGGAAAUCACUUUAAUUUAUUGCCAAAUAAGAAAAUGUCACAAAAGAGUAAUAUUGGUAUUAUUCAAAAGGUUCUUAAAACACCUUUCGAAUGGGUUAUUACCUUUGAUAAUCCUAAUGCCAAUCCUCUCACUGAUCUUGAAUCAUCGCCUGCCUAUAUUGACCACCUCUAUGAAAAGUACAAACAAGAGUUUGAACAAAAGUUUGAUGAUAGAUUCCCUGUCACUAAUUUCAUUAAUACAAAUACUCAAAAAGCUUCUGCUCAAGAUUACAGAGAGUUUGGUAUGCAAGUUGUUAGCAGUUUAAUGUUUGGAUUGAGUUAUUUUGAAGGUUCAGGAUAUUUCAAGAAUAUGAGUGAUCCAGCGAAUCCAAUUAUUGUCAUGAAGAAUAGAAAAUUAUUAUCUCUCAUUCCCAACAAACAAUCCUUCCCUCGUCCAUUCUAUUGGGAUGAAGCAUUCAUGGAAAUGGUUCAAGUGAGAUGGAAUAGAGAAGUAUUUGAAGAAGUAACUAGAAAUUGGCAUUUUGAUGCAAUUCUUGAUGAUAUCACUGGAUGGAUCGAUAGAGAACAAUUUAUUGGAGAAGAGGCUAGAUACCAACAACCCCAAUGGGCUUGGUAUGGCUUAUCAAAUCAAAUGAAUCCACCAGUUUACUUUAUCACUUUGGAGAGAUAUUGCAGAAUGUAUGACAAGAAUGUUGUUAUUGAUUAUUUUAACAGAACUGGUCUCUUUGAAAGAUUACAAAAGAUCCUUGCUUGGUAUUUGAAGAAUCUUCAAGCUGCUGGAAGUGAAGAGUAUACUUACAGAUGGGGAGGAAGAGUUUUUGAUGUUUCUCUAGAUAGUGGUCUUGAUGAUUAUCCAAGAUUUAUGAAGGUUCUACCAGGAGAGAGCAAUGUAGAUCUUCAAGCAUGGAUUGCUAAAGCAGCUCAAGUUAUGAGCGACUUGUCUCAAAUGUUAUCCAAGCCAAAAGAUCUCAUUGAUUACUAUGCCUCCAUAUCCAAUAUUAUUUCCAAGAAUUUACAUGAUUUGUUCUGGAAUGAAUCAAUUGGAUUUUAUGUUGACAGAUCAAAAACUCUUGGAUUUGCCAACCACAUUGGAUACAUUGGAAUGUUACCUGUUUGUCUUGGAAUUGAAACUAACAUGACUCGUGUGGAAAAAACAAUUGAAAAAAUGUCAAACUCUGACUAUUUAUGGUAUGAAGAGGGUGGUAUCAUUUCUCUCUCCUAUGAAGAUAUUACAUUUGAAAGAUCAGGUCAGUAUUGGAGAGGAGCAUUGUGGGCACCUUUUCAAUAUCAAUGUGCUAGAGGACUUGCCUUUUAUGAGAAUAAUUACAAGUUGAACUCUGCCAAAAUAAUGAGAAAGAAAAUUCAAACUGCCUACGUUAACAAUGUUGUAAAGCAUUACCACGUUAAUGAUAAUUCCAUUGGUGCAAUCUAUGAGACAUACCAUCCAACUGAUGGAAGAGGUUUCAAUAAUCAUCCUUUCACUGGUUGGUCAGCUCUAGUUGUUUUAUUAAUGUCUGAGGAUUAUCAAUAAAUUCAAAACAAAGAAAACUUUAGUGAGACAGCAACUGCACAUAAGAAAUGAGUAAACCCUUGAUUUAUUCUG